GCAUUUUGGAGAUUUAGAAAUCGAAAAAUAAAAAAUUGAAUGAAUUUUACAAAAUAAAUAAAAAUGUUAUUUCGACAGUACAUUAAAAUUGCGCGUGCUUCAAAAUCGCUGUUGCACAAUAAUUAUGUGCUGGAUAGAAAACAUUUAUUAAGUUCUGGUUUAUAUAAUUCUUGUAAUCAUCGAACGACUAGAUCGAUAUCAUUGAAUUCACAAUUGAGAUAUGCUGAAAAAAUUUUAGAAGUACGAAAUUCGCCUAAAAUAUCUCAAGAUUCAUUAGAAGAUAAAAUUCAACAAAAACCGGCAGUGUCCUCAGAGGAAGUACUUGAAAAAUAUAUCGCAGCACUGAAUACAGACAUAUUCCAAAAGAAUAGAGUAUAUAAAAAUGAUCUAGUAAGAGUACUGACAAAAGUGAAAGAAUUGAACUUUUCAACGAAAAAGCAAGGCUUACUAUUAAUUCGAUGCUGCAGUGAUUUGUUGCCUGAUGAACCUGCUUCGAACAGGAUGCAGUUGGUUGAAGAAGUGUGGACUACAAUCCAGGCCCACACAAAGUUUGAGGUGGAACAUUACAAUGAACUCCUCAAGGUAUACAUAGCCAACAACAGGACUAUCACGGUCAGCAGUUUUAUCAAUCAGAUGAAACAAGUGAAACCCACUAUGACAACAUAUGAACUGAUUAUAAGAGCUCUCGGAGAGGCUGGUGAUAUAAACCAAGCUACAGAGGUGAUAUCCAACAUGAAGGCUCAAGGACUUCCGGCUACUGAGAGUAUAUUUAAUUCUCUUAUUGUCUGUCAAGGAAAGGCAGGUAACAUCCAGAACAUAAAAGAAGUCCUGACUAUGAUGAAGUCGCUUAAUGUUAAUCCAUCAAUAGACACAUACACAGCUACCGCUAGAGCUCUAGCAUUGAACAAGCAGACCGGUCCUGUUUUAGAAGAAAUGGAUGCCGCAGUAAGGAAUGGGAUGCAAUUCACUGAAGCACACAUUAUGGAUAUUGUCAAGACUUUGGCCUUUGCUGGAUUGUAUCAGCCUAUACCUAAGGUCUUAAAUUACUUACCGUCAGAAAUUCUGAAGUCGCCGUCAAUUACUCCGUUGAUGCAAAGUGUAACUACUUUACUGGUGUUCCAAAAUCAUCCGCUAGCUGCGUUGGAAAUAUAUAAAUGUUUGCCUUUACCCUCUUUUGGACCGAAGGAUGACCAGGGCUUGCACGGGAGGAGUUUGGUUCGAGACUGUGUCAAAGCUUCCAUGCCGUCAAGCAUAAUAGGUCUUGUAACUCAAGAGCUAAUGUCUUCAGGCCGUAAUCCGAUAGCCUUACAGAAUGCUUGUGAAGCUGCCUUACAGCUGGGAAAGGUCCCUCUAGCUCUGGACUUAAUGACCAGAAUGAAACAACUUGGAAUUACGCUCCGAGCACAUUAUUUCUGGCCCAUUUUACUACAUAGCUCGAAGUCCUAUGGCGAGAAAGGUAUAAUGAACACUCUAACAACAAUGGUGCAGAUGGACGUCAAACCAGACUACGACACGAUACUGGAAUACACCUUACCCUACGUCAGCUUCAAUUCCCCACAGAAUUUGAUGAAGAAGUUCAUAGAAACUGGGUUAACAGUAUCGAGUGUUUUGACACCGAUGAUGCAAACGUUGUUGAAUACAGGGCAAGUUAGAGCGGCUAGUGAAUUGUGUGAACUAUUCCAAGGUAAAGUGGAUACAGAGAAACUUUUAAAACCUCUUUUAAAAGGCUACCUGAUCAGUACCGAUGUGACUGCCACUGUACAUAUCCUGGAAGAUGUAUCAACCAGGUCUAUAGAGAAGAACAAGGACUGGGUCGGUCGGUUCCUGUGCAAGUUCAUGGUACAUCCGAAAGUGAAGAGCGAUAUCAGUGAUGUUUUGAAUUUGUUGAAGGGUCUAGAAAAGAGUUCGUUAAAAGUAUCAACGGUGGCUGCAGAUUACUGCUUGUCCCGUUAUCCUGAUAAGUUCGGGGUGCAUGUAGGAGAUCAAUUCCGGGAUAAAAUAAUCGCAGUGACGGACGAACGACUUCUAGAUGACGGUGAUAUAUUCGACCAACAGUUGCCGCACCCGAAACAAAUGAACGAAGAGGACUUGCGUGCUCACCUGUCAGAGUUGGAAGCCAAGGGCAUGAAUACGAGGGGUACUCUCAGGAAGCUACUGCAACAGUACUGUAGGGACGGGAACCUACACGCUGCCAGGGAGAUUGCUGCUAAAUGCCAGAAGGAAGGGGUAUUCCUAUCAGCCGGCAUGAAGGCAGCAAUAUUCGAUCUUCACGUCAAACUCGGGGAGCUGGACCUCGCAGAGAUGGCGCUAGCGGACCUCAACAAGUCCUCGCCUAACUUCACACUCGACGAGUACAAAGUUAUAGACUUUGCUACUCUUAUGGUAUAUAGGAAGAAGAUUAGCCAAGCAUUCGAUUUGAUCACUCAGCAGUCUAAAAAGAGAAACGUAAUAGGUGGGCGCGGUAUAGCAAUGAAUUGUUGGCGACUUCUCGACGCGACGGCCGCUCACGGCUCCCACAUAGAAGUUAGGAAGAUGUUCGACCUACUCGUCGAUAACAAAUACUGCAAGCCUAGUAAUGUCAUGCUAGGGCCACUUAUACGAGUGCAUUUGAAAAAUGACAACCUACAAGAAGCAGUCAACGAGUACAUAGCUUUAGCAAACAAAUACAAUAAAACUCCUUUAAAACACGAGUUGCUAUGUAAAAUACUACUUAACAUGAGCGACGGUCAAUCAGAAGAGAACUUCUUAACCAAUGAGAAGUCUAAUGCGAGACUGAACAAGUUGGCGCAGAUCGUACUGAACAUUGAUAAGAAGAUUCAUGGCCCGGGUGAUGUACAGUUAACAAUAAUAGCAGCAUUAGCAGAAGUUGGCUACAAGAAGACCUUACGUAAAAUCUUCCUCGACCCUACAAUAAAGAUACACCCGGACGCCAUAUUGCGACGCUGCGAGCGAUUCGCUGAUGAGAAGAAAGUCAAGGCUUUGGAGGUCAUCGCCGAGUGCGGGAAGGAUUUGAGACGAGUCGACGUUAUAGAGCUGUAUGAUCUAAUGCUGGAUGUUCAUCAACGAGAAGACAACUGCACAGAAGCAUUGGCAUUAUGGACGAGAAUGCAAGAACAAGAUAUAACACCAUCACAGAAAUUUGUACAUACAUUAAUAACUAUGAUAAAAGCGAACAAUAGAGACGUUCCAGUUGGACUAGCCAUGUUACUAAAUAAAGAAAAAAAGAAUGCUUUGAAAGACUGAGGUUUUUAGGCAUGUGAAUUGAAAUCCGUUAUUGUAGUGUCUAUUUGUAGGUGGUUCUAAACGGGUAAUUAAUUAUUUUUGUUUGCAGUACAGCGGCUGGCAACACUACCGGUUAUAUUGGCAUCAAACUCAAACUCAAAAGCAUUUUCCAAUUAAACCAUGAUUAGGUCGUUUGGAAACGUUAACAAAUAAAAAAUAAAUAAUAGUCUGUCCGUCAGUGCAGCUAGGGUCGUUCCAAAAAGAGAUUAGUGGAGAAGUAGGAGUAGGAAACUCUAAUCUUUUUUAUUUACCAAUAUCCUAAAGUUUUUUUUAUAUUGGCCAUGUUUAGCCAUAAUGUUGGCUCAAGGUAAACGAUAUAUGCUUACCAGAUUGCACUGACAAACAGGAUUUUUAACUUUGUCUGAUAAGUCGAAUGGUAACCUGAUAUUGCAGAAAAAUAUUUUAAUUUUAUUUUAACACGCUUUGAAGAGCCGUGACGUUUGCUAGGAAUGAAUCGGUCCUCCAAAGUAUUUUUUCUAGUUCUAUAAUAAAAUAAAAAUAUUUGGACGUCUGUCUUACAAACACCAUGUAUGUGUACCACCUAUAUUCUUAUCCGUUGCACUCUUUUUGUACUGAAUUAUUUUUCAAUGUUUGAUUAUUUAUAUAUUGAUGAUACACGACAGUAAUUUGUAGUUUCACAUAACAACCCAGUGUUGAACUUUGAACCUUUCAUGUUAUUAUGUUUUAUUGUCGAAGAUUUAAGAAAAUAUAUCAAAAUACUGCACCGCACAAAUGUCGCGAUUAGUAAAAUGUCCUUAAGCAAAUCAAUGUAAUUUGAAUUCAAUGCCGUCGUUAAUACAGUCGUAUUUUCCGUUGAAGUGUAGCAUUUUUUAGUAAGUAAAUUAUCUAGUUUUAUUAUACAAUAUUUGAAUAUA